CAAUGAGAGAGGCCGUACGGCGGAAAUGCAUUAAGGAACUUUCGGGAAGAUGGCGCCCUUAGCCUGGAGACAAGUUGACUGGAGGAAACUUUGACUACAAGCCCUAGACUCCAAGGCCCUCUUAUCCUUCUGAGAUCUGCCCUCGGAUGUCCGACCGCCCAGAGCCUGCAUGCGCCGUGGGGCGCCCCAGGACCAGGAGCUGGUGGGUCCGGGGGCCCCUGGGCGGGGGCCCCGGGGCUCCCCUUCUUCCUCAGGACCCGUUGUCCCGGUGCUCGUCUUUCCUCCGGAUCUAGUAUUCAGGGCGGACCAAAGGAGUGGACCCCGACAGCUGCUGACCCUCUACAACCCCACGGGAACUGCGCUUCGCUUCCGAGUUCUGUGUACAGCGCCCGCCAAAUAUACGGUAUUCGAUGCAGAAGGAUAUGUGAAACCUCAGUCUUGCAUUGACAUUGUGAUACGGCACGUGGCCCCUGUCCCCAGCCACUAUGAUGUCCAGGACCGAUUCCGAAUUGAGCUAUCAGAGGAGGGGGCUGAGGGACGUGUGGUUGGACGAAAAGACAUCACCUCUGUUCUUCGGGCCCCAGCAUACCCCCUGGAGCUUCAGGGACAUUCUGAGCCAACGUCCAACCCAGGGCCUCCUGUGUGGACAGGACCAACCCCAGCCAGACACCUUCCAGAGAAUGCCCCCCAGCAGCUGGCCACCAGCUCCUUCCUGCUCUUCUUGCUGACAGGCAUCAUCUCUGUGGCCUUCCUGCUACUGCCACUGCAGGACGAGCUUGGCAGCCAGCUGCCUCAAGUCCUGCACGUGUCCCUGGGACAGAAGCUGGUGGCAGCUUAUGUCUUAGGCCUCCUCACCAUGGUGUUCCUCCGGACCUGAACUAUCAGCUGAACCUACCCCACCCACCCUCUCCUUCGAAGGCAGGGACCUGAGGCAGCCACUGUGAUGUUUGCACCUCGCCCCUUCUCCCUCUUUUCUGCCCAUCCAUCCGUUGUCAUCCUGUCCCCACUACCAAACACCCAGGGAUUUAUAUUCAUUUUCCAAAUUGAAUAAAAUAAGUUUUAAAAAUCAA